UACAUUUACAAAAAUUCCAAUCGGAACAAAAUACAAGCCCUCUUUUAAUGUGAACUACAAGAUUCACUCUACGCUCGCGUCACAAAUAUACUCUAUUUCCAGUUCCGUUAUUCUAUAUUCUUCCGUUUAGUUAGUCGUUAUGGUCGCUAUAGAAACAGGUUCACAACAUAAGAAACUAAGAUUUGAACAUCGAAUAUCGAAAUUGUGUCGUAUUCUUUGGUGGACAACUAAUUUUGUGACUUUUUCCUUUUCUCUGUUUUUAUAAAAAAUGAAAAAGAAUUGGCUGCUAGAAUAUCAUUUUGUGCGCGGCGACUAUGCGUUUUGUAAGAAAAUCAUUCAAGAUUUAUCAACAAAGAGUAAUAAUCGCCAAGAUGAAUACUCUAUCUACGUGCAAGCACGUAUAUAUUAUGCCGAAGGGAAAAUACUAGAAAGCUCCCAGCUGUUUCAGCUGUGUUAUGCAAAGAAUCCCAAUAAUCCAGGAACUUUACAAGAAAUCGCCAAAUAUUUAAUUGUUCAGGGACGAUAUAAGAAAGCCGUCGAAGCGCUUACGCUUGCAAAACUCCUGAUAACACAACCAGAUUUUAUGAUUUUGCAUGAUCUCGCUCUUUGCAACAUUAACCUCAGAGAAUAUGCCUUGGCCGAGGAAAGCUGCAGAGAAGCAAUCAAAAUCUGUAAAAGCAAAGCCAUCUAUAAACUACUAGCAGCUUGCCUAAUUCGUCAGAGUAAAACAGGAGAGGCGAUUGAAGUUUUUCGUUUAUCCUUAAGACUGUUUCCUAAGAGCAGUCAACUUUACACCACCUUUGGUAAACUCUGUGUAGAUAUGAACUUCGACGAAGACGCAAUGAAAACUCUGUCAGCAGCCAUCAAGCUAGAUGAUAACAACACCGUGGCAUUAAAUGAAAUUGCUGUUUUACAUCAGAGACGAGAUGAGAUUGAGGACGCCGUAAACCGAUACAUAGAGUUGGUUUGUCGUGGUAUGGAAUCGGCAAGCAUAUAUAACAAUUUAGGUCUCUGCUAUUUCUACAAAGACAAAUUUGUCAUGGCGCUAACGUGUUUGUUGCGGGCACGUGAUAUCGAUUCAACGUCCAGCGAAACGUUGUUUAACUUGGGGCUCGUAUUUGCAGCUUUGCACCAAUAUUGCUCCGCCUUUAUCCACUGGAGAGCGGCUGCCGUUUAUGCCACAACUAGCAGUUUCGUGGAUCAAGAGCUAGUGGCGCUUAUUUCGGCAUGCUUACCUUUCGUUAAUGAAGAAACGGACGACUAACAAUUAGAUGACGAAUGCGUGAAAAUUUUCAUUCUCAAGGAACAACCAUGAUAGUAAUUUUUUUUUUUCAGUUUAGUAACCGUUUAUUAUAUGUGCUAAUAAUGGUCCGAAACUUAUGCUGGGUUCGACUUCUGCGGUAAAAAAUUAUUUCGUUUGGCUUAGUUUCUUAAAUCUGGAUGUGGCUGGUGAUGUAAUUCAGAAGAUCUAUCUG